UAAAUUAUUCACUUAAUUAUCUGCAGGAUAAAUGAAUCAGUUUACUGCCUGCGGGAUAAAUGAUUCGGUUUAUUCUCCGCAGGACAAAUGAUUCACUUUAUAAUCUGCAGGACAAACGAAUCAGUUUAUUACCUGCAGAACAUGUGAUUCCCUUUAUUAUCUGUGGACAAAUGAUUCAGUGGAUUAUCUGUGGCAUAAACGAUUUCAUUGGUUAGCUGCUGGAGAAAAGAUUCCAUUGAUUAUGUGCAGGACAAAUGAUUCCAGGAAAAAUGAUUCUGUUCAUUAUGUGGGAUAAAUGAUUGAGUUUACUAUCUCUGGAAUAAAUCAUUCCAUUGAUAUUAGUGGGAUAAGUGAUUCAGUUAAUUGGCUAAGGGAUAGAUGAUAUGUGUUGAUAUAUGUGGGUUAAGUGGCUCAGUCUAUUAUCUGCAUGAUAAAUGAUUCAGUUUAAUAUCUGCAGGAUUAAGGAUUCCACUUACAAUACGCAGGUUAUAUGAUUCAGUUUAUUAUCUGCGGGAUAUAUGAUUCUGAGGGUUAUCCAGCAGACAUUAACCCCGACAGUGACUCUGCACUGCAGUUUGUGAACUGGCUUGUGCUGGGUGCACGACUUGCACGUACCUCUUAUAAGUGCUCAGUGAGGGAGUAGUCUCGUAUUUUGCAUGGCUGCUUGACUAAGUUUCGUUCCUCAUGUUACUGUAUCAAGAAAUACAGUUUAUAUCAUAUGAUGCCAUCAUAUGCCAUAUGACAAUCACUGGUAGUAGUCACUGAUAUGUGGAUAUAAGCUAUUAUGGACCCAUUGAAUCAGCUCAUUAUCUAAAGGAUGAACGAAUCACUUUAUUAUCUGCGGGAUAAAUGAUUCGGUUUAUGCUCUACUGGAUUUUGGUCUGUGCUACUCUUCCAGCCCUUUUCCCUCUCGUCCACCCUUCUUGUGAAAGUUCUUCUCUGAGGCUCCGUUCUGUGGAGGUCGGCGUCUCCUUAGUUGCGGCGGCUGCAGCUUUCAGCGGCACAGUUUAAAAAGCCUCUCGGCUGUUGUUGACACUUGCAAAUAACAUUUCCAGCGCAUGAUGGCUUUUACACGUCUGGACUGUGUAAGAGCACAGCAAUCCGGCCCUUUAUUUAUGCUCGGCUGCUCUCAAGAGGAAUGACCUAACAUGGAAAGACUGACUUCUCCGCUCAUCACCAAAAUAAAUGAAGCUGGACGGGACUCUAGAGUUCGCCUGGGCUAACAUUUUAGUUUUUUUCAUAAAUACCUCUCGUUUUCUGUGCUUUUUUGCCCCGAUGAGCUGCAAACGAAAGCAACUGUUCCUUUGAACUCAAAGUCGUGCUUCCCAGAGCUUCAGUAGCCUGACUAUCAUGGCCCUGGCUUGGGCACUGUAGCUCAUUUCCUUCAGUCCUUCACUUCAGGUCAAAAUAGUUACCCCCCAAAGGGGCUCUCGUGCCACACGCCCCAAAUCCUCUCAGUCAUGGGUAUCCAGGGGAUGGAACUGUUUGCCAUAGUAGUGGUCAUUAUCCUCUUCGUGGCCGUUCUCAAGCAGUUUGGCAUUCUGGAGCCCAUGUCUUUGGAAGACAGCAGUGACAGUGACCUGGAGCUGUCCACCGUCCGGCAUCAGCCAGAGGGCCUGGAGCAGCUGCAGGCUCAGACCAAGUUCACCAAGAAGGAGCUGCAGUCCCUCUACAGGGGCUUUAAAAAUGAGUGCCCCAGCGGGCUGGUCGAUGAGGAAACUUUCAAGACAAUCUACUCUCAGUUUUUUCCUCAAGGAGAUGCCACCACAUACGCCCAUUUCCUGUUCAAUGCAUUUGAUCUGGACAGAAACGGGUCCAUUCGCUUUGAGGACUUUGUGAUUGGUCUUUCGGUGCUCCUGAGAGGCUCCGUGACAGAAAAACUGAACUGGGCCUUUAACCUUUACGACAUCAACAAAGAUGGGUACAUCACCAAAGAGGAAAUGCUUCUGAUCAUGAAGUCUAUCUAUGAUAUGAUGGGUCGGUACACUUACCCCAGUGUAAGAGACGAAGCCCCAUCCGAGCAUGUGGAAAAGUUCUUCCAGAAAAUGGACAGAAAUCGAGACGGCGUGGUGACUAUUGAGGAAUUCAUUGAGACGUGUCAGAAGGACGAGAACAUCAUGAGCUCCAUGCAGCUCUUUGAGAACGUGAUAUAGAGCCGCACCAGUAAAAAUGAGCACUCUUCUGAAAUGAACACCCCUUCUCAGCCUUUCCUCUCCACAAGCCUCCAGCCUCCAGCACCCUACCUAGCAUAGAGCAUUGCACUUCAGCCUGCUGCACUCCAAUAGAGCCGUGUAGAGUAGCACACGGGGGUUAGUUCAGGUCGGGAGGGGGACUCUUUUUACUGCACAGCAACAAGAACGUGAUCAGACGGAAAAACAAAAGCAAGGGAAGAGGAACGAACAGCUCGAAUCUGUGCAGCCACCAACCUCUGGCUGAAGAGUUGGUGGAGCUGACCUCUGACCGUUUCUGCAGCUCCCUCAACACCACCAGCCAGCCUGGAUCGGCCUUGACCGAGUAUCUUCCUGUUCCUCUGAAGCCUUUGCCCUUCCGUACGCCCCAGUCUGAGUCCAUGGACCACCGUGGUUCCACGAGGAACAUUCAGGGGCGAUAAAGACUCAAAGAAGAAGCAAAGGGAUGGACUAUAUUCACCAAAAAAAGACAAUAAGACUAAAACACAACACUGAACGUAAGCAUGCUCAUCCAAAAAAUGUGUGAUUUUCGUGGUUUGCUUGCACUGAGAAUGACAAAGUUGUACAUUUUCUUCCUUUUGUGGGCCAGUAGAUUCUCCCAGAGACUACACGUAGACUAAAGGGACUCAUAUGUGUAGCGUGAAAUAGUGUAACAUAUCAUUUACAAGCUCUGCUCCAAACCUUAUUGCACUGAAGGUGACCAAAGCGGUCUAGAGUGCUGUGUUGGGUCAAGCACUGGUGAAAAACAACGUAGACAAUUUCCGAACGGUUGCUGUAAAAUCGGACCCAUCAUGAGAACAUGUUUAUUUGUGCAUCCGCAAAUGCAGGGUGUUGUUUUGGCAGGGUAAGCCAGCAUUGUGGGAAAUGUGGUUUAUAAAUAAGUUGGUGACGCUUUAUUUGGAUAAUCUGGUUUGGAUGCUUUGUAGAUUCAUAAUUUACUGAGUUACAUUCAACUAAACAUCUGCUAAAUUGACCAUCAUUUAACUCUAAACCUGGCUCUAGUCCCUCCUAACCCCAACCAUAACCUCCACCUACAUCCCAAACCCAACCCUCACCCUGGUCCAAAUCCUAACCCUAACCCCACCACUGUUCAGAGUUUCAACAGAUAGUUUGUUAGCAGUUGGAACGCCUGUAAAUAAUCUAUAGGGGGCUAAGGUGGACUAUCCAAAUAAAGUGAGACCCAUAUGUUCAUUUUCAAAGUUAUGAUUUUCAUGUACUGCACUGAGGUAAAACUUUUCUUUCUUACUUUCUUAAAUAAUCACAUAAAAGGGUGACUUCAGUGGUGAGAAAGUCAAAAUAUGUCCUCUAAAUGAAAUUCGAAUUCCUGACCAGUACAUAAGCAAUUACAUAAACAUGUAAAUGUGUCCAUAUUAUUUAUUUUAGUGUUUAUUUGAUAAGUAAUAAUGCAAUCUUAUGUUGAGAUGAUGAAUAAAGAAUGCACUCCUCUCGUUCAG